CAGCCGUCUCCUGCUGCUUCACUCAAGGCCGCCACGCCAUCCACACAUAUCCGGCGGCGGCAAACGCCGUCCAGGUUCAACGAACGCCGUCCGUCGGGCCCGCCUGCAGCCGGACCCACCCGCAGCGUCACGGUCCACCGUGGACAGCGCCUCCCUGCCGGGCCGCCCUCCUCCGGCCCCAAUCUCCUCCACCAACCUCGCCUGUAUAAAGCCUCGCCGCCUCCGCCUGCUCCUCCUCCCACCACUUCCACGACAGGACAACCAGCAGCGGCCGCCACUUCGUCCACCUCCAGCUCCGGGAGGACCGCUUCGCUGCCAAAUCGCUCGUCGGGCGGCGGGAUGGGGGAGGCUUCGACGCCGGCGAUCGCCAGGGAUGUCACCGAGCUGAUCGGGAACACGCCGCUGGUGUACCUCAACAAGGUGACGGACGGGUGCGUGGGGCGCGUCGCCGCCAAGCUCGAGUCCAUGGAGCCCUGCUCCAGCGUCAAGGACAGGAUUGGGUACAGCAUGAUCACCGACGCAGAGGAGAAGGGGUUCAUCGUCCCAGGCAAGAGUGUGCUGAUUGAGCCAACCAGUGGCAACACAGGCAUUGGGCUGGCCUUCAUGGCUGCUGCCAAGGGUUACAGACUUGUACUCACGAUGCCCGCCUCCAUGAGUAUGGAGAGGAGAAUCAUCCUGAAGGCUUUUGGUGCUGAGCUGAUCCUCACAGACCCACUCUUGGGGAUGAAAGGAGCUGUCCAAAAGGCCGAAGAGCUGGCAGCGAAGACACCCAACUCAUACAUCCUUCAGCAAUUUGAGAAUGCUGCUAACCCAAAGAUUCACUAUGAGACAACCGGACCUGAAAUCUGGAAAGGCACAGGAGGAAAGAUCGAUGGCCUUGUUUCUGGCAUUGGGACAGGUGGUACCAUUACUGGAUCUGGAAAAUACCUCAAAGAGCAAAAUCCUAAUAUCAAGCUCUACGGCGUGGAGCCUACCGAGAGUGCUGUCUUAAAUGGUGGAAAGCCUGGACCACACAAGAUCCAAGGAAUUGGAGCUGGUUUCAUCCCUGGUGUCUUGGAUGUUGACAUCAUUGAUGAAACCGUACAGGUGAGAAUAGAAGUUUGCUUGAUUUUUCAUGUUUGUCUUUCCAUACGUCUGCAUCUUUUACCCUGGUGUAACCUUUGGUCCGUCCAAAUUGUCUGCCAGGUUUCAAGUGAUGAGUCCAUUGAGAUGGCAAAGUCUCUUGCAUUGAAAGAAGGAUUGCUGGUUGGGAUCUCUUCUGGUGCGGCUGCAGCUGCGGCAAUCAAGGUUGCUCAGAGGCCUGAAAAUGCAGGGAAACUCUUUGUUGUUGUAUUCCCAAGCUUCGGAGAGCGCUACCUUUCGUCGGUGCUCUUCCACUCUAUCAAGAAGGAGGCCGAGAGCAUGGUGGUGGAGUGAUCCCCGAGACUCCUCGAGCGCGCAAAGCUGUUUUCCGAAGCCAAAUCCCUCCGUUCAAAGGAGCCCCUCUACAGAAAUAAAAGCUUUUGCUGUCCCUGCUAGUGUUGGUCUGACAUUUAAGCCCUUGCAAGUUUGAGUCCCACUUUGUGUAGCAAAUGGGGAAUACUCUGUGUUGGCCUUCUGGCGAUUUGAAUUACGUCUGCCCUGUAUAUUUGAAUUCCAUGUGUCAGCCAGUGUGCAAUAAAGCAUCAUGGUGCCUUA